AUGAAGUUCCAUUAGUUGAGAUUGAAAGAUGUUUCAUAUACAAAUACUUAAUUAAAACAAGAAGAUGGAUAAAUAAAAACAGAGAUAGGAAAUUUAAGUACAUCUAGAGUAUAGAAAGAUUAAAAUAAUAAUAGACAAAAGGUGCAGUUAUUAAACAAUUUGUAACAGAAGAUAAUGAUACUGGAAGAUCAUGCAAUAAUGAGAAGGAUUUAUUUAAGAAGAUGUAGAAUUUAGAAUUUUAAAAUGGAUUAUUUUAAAUGUAGAUGUAAAAUAAUAUAAAUAAUUUGUAUAGGUAACAUAUACAUAAAAGAAAGAAUUUAGAAGAUUUAAAUAUAAGAUAAUAAUUAACAUAGAUUUAAUAGGAUAUAUAGAGUAUUCAAUAUAAAGUGUAAUCAGUGAAAGUAAAUAAUAAUAAAAUGAUCGUUAAGAAUAAAAGCAGUAAAAAGAAGAUAAGAUUGAGUUCAUCAUCAAGUAGUAGUGAAGAUGAAGUAGCAUUAUCAAUAGGAUUUAAUUGUAGAAAUAAGUAUUCAUUUUUUAGAAUAAAGCUAGGAUUAAAUGCUUUAAAAUUAUAAAGAAUUAUUUGAAGUUUGUAAUAGUCAUGAAAAGUUGAGUGGAUUAUUUUAAAAUUAUUGUGGAAGUAUUAAGACAAUUGAAAUAGAUAUUGUUCAAUAGAAUUUCUAGUUGCUAAUAUAAUAAUUAAUAAAAAUGAUGAUUGAUAUUUUAAGAAGAUUUAAUUAGAUUAAAAUAGAUUAAUUAAAGAAUACACCAGAUAAAUAAUAAUAUAAUUUUGAAUUUGGAACAUUUAAUAAGGAAUAAAAGAAGAUUUUAAGAACAACAGAAAGUCCUUCUUUUAAAAAGAAUUAAGAUUUAGAAGAAAUGAAAUUAAAAUUAAAUGAUCAUUAUGAUAAAUAUGAAUAAGAAAAAGAGAAUAUAGGAUAAGAAAUAAACAAAAAAUAAGAAUAAAAUUAAUAGAAUCAAAAGAAAUAAUUAGUUAAUAAUAAAUAAAGGAUUGAUUUAAUACCAAGUUUAAAAAGAAAAGCAAAACUUAGAUAAUAAUAAUAAUAAUAAAAUAAUUUUUGA